AUGGAUAGCAAAGAGCAAAGUACUCUUAAGGUUGUGAUGUUUCCAUGGUUGGCUUAUGGUCACAUAUCACCCUUCCUAGAGCUGGCCAAGCAACUCUCCAGGAAGAGCUUCCAGAUCUACUUCUGCUCCACACAUAUAAACCUAAUUUCCAUCAAAGAUCAGAUCUCAUCAGACUCAGCCAUUCAAUUGGUAGAGCUCCCUCUUCCUUCCCUUCCAGACCUCCCACCUCAUUACCACACAACCAAGAACCUCCCACCUCACCUCAUGCCCACCCUCAAAACUGCCUUAGACAUGGCCCAACCAAUCUUUUCUCAUCUCCUCAAAACCCUCAACCCUGACUUGCUAAUCUAUGAUUUCAUCCAACCCUGGGCCCCCACAGUGUCUUCCUCCCUCAACAUCCCAGCCGUCCAUUUCUUUUGUGCUGGAGCAGCAACUUUCUCCUUCCUUCUCCAUACCUCCGAGAAGCCUGACCUGGAGUUCCCCUUUCAAACCAUCCAUCUCCAUGACCAUGAAGAAAUAAAGAUUUCCAAGCUUAUACAAUCCUAUACCAAUAACAUCAGGGGCAUGGACCGGCUUAUUCAAUCCAUGGACCGGUCUUGGAGCUUCAUCUUGAUCAAGACUUUCAGAGAGAUUGAAGCCAAGUACUUGGAUUACUCAUCUUAUUUAGUAGGGAAGGAGUUUAUACCCAUGGGCCCACUUGUUCAAGAACCGUCCGAUCAUGUAGAUGAUCACUUCUACAUGGAGUGGCUGAAGGGGAAGGAUCGGUCUUCGGUGGUUUUUGUUUCGUUUGGAAGUGAAUACUUCUUGUCUAAGGAGGAGAUGGAAGAGAUGGCUCGAGGGCUUGAACUUAGUGGGGUGGACUUCAUAUGGGUGGUGAGAUUCCCUGAGGGUGUCCAUAUGAGUCUUCAUGAGGCCCUGCCUCAAUGGUUCCUUGAUGGAGAGAAGGGGCUGGUGGUGGAGGGUUGGGCCCCACAGGCAAAAAUAUUGCAACAUUCCAGUGUUGGUGGGUUUGUGAGUCACUGUGGAUGGAGCUCUGUGAUGGAGGCUAUGAAAUUUGGGGUUCCCAUUGUAGCCAUGCCCAUGCACCUUGAUCAACCUAUUAAUGCUAGGUUGGUGGUGGAGCUUGGUGUAGGGGUGGAAGUGAAAAGAUCAAGAGGUGGAGAUUGGAAGUUUGAGGGAGAGGAGAUGGCGAAGGGGAUUAGAGAGGUGGUGGCUGGGAAGAAAGGGGAAGAAGUGAAGAGGAGAGUUGAGGAAAUGAGGGAGAAGAUAAACAUGGGAGAGAAGGAAAUGGAUGCAGUGGCUGAGAGGUUGCUGCAGCUUUGCAGGAACAAUAGAACAAAGGACUUCUGUUCUCUUAAUUAG